UCACAGUCAGCUACCACACCGACUCUACCACACACCAUGAACGCCAAGAUCGCCAUCCUCCUCGCCCUCGUGGCCGUGGCCGUCGCCGACAGCGACGAGUUCAGAGGCUACCGCGCCCCCAGCUCCGAGGAGUCCUACGAGUCCUCCGAGGCCCAGUACAACUUCCAGUGGGCCGUGGACCACGACCCCUCCAGCAACGAGUUCGGCCACCAGGAGGCCCGCGACGGUGACAACACCAAGGGCUCCUACUACGUGGAGCUUCCCGACGGUCGCGUCCAGAACGUUGCCUACUACGUCAACGGCGACUCUGGCUACAUCGCCGACGUCACCUACACCGGCUCCGCUGAGUCCUUCGAGUCCGACGAGUCCAACGAGUCCUUCCGUUACUACGGAUCCAACGAGUCCAAGUAAAUCACCGGCUGCCAUCCUUUCCUCCUGCACCCUUCCCUCCCCUACUAGUCUUUCGCAGCAGUGCACAAUGGCUGCUGAGUUCCAUCUCAUUCCGUUAUUUAUUAUCAUUAAAUAAAUUAUUCUGCAUUA